GGAGCUCUGGGGAUAAAUGCGCUCUUUCAUUUCAAAGUAAAUGAAAUCCGUUACUGGAGGCACAUAAUUACACUGAGAAAACUCCGGGAAAAACAACCGUUUUCUUCUGAAUGAUAGAAAAUACGCGGAGAGGAUCAUGGAUAACAAGUAAAAAGAGGACCGACAUCUGAAACUUUUUGCCCUGAUGAGAAGCGUUUCUGUCCAGGGAAGCUUGAUCUUCAAAGACGCGCUCCGGAGUCAGGGUGGAUAAGCGCGGUGCUGAGUGGCUGUUUGGGAAGGUGUUACACAUUAGUAAUGGUUUAAUGAUUCUGUACUGCGGCCUCUUGUUGGAUGGGACAGGUGCUGAAUUUUUACGCCCUAAACAUGGGUCACGGAGGUGUCAAUUAAGUAUUUUCUCUUUAUGCUAAAGAGCUUUUGGUGCACUUCAAUAUAACUGUUACCGGUAGUGUCACCCACAUUGUCUCAUUUAAGAAAAAACGCCAAAAUCACUGACAGUAUUUCUCGUUUUUUUUUUUUUCAUGUCUAUUCAACAACUCAAGACUGUUUUUGAACACGCACAGCAGGCAUGCCACUGCAGCAGCAUCGUUUGACCGGAUUUUACGAAUCUCUUGGGGAAAGAAAGAGCUGAAAAACCGCGUGGGCGUUUAUGUGUGUGGUGGUCGCCGAUGCUUUACAUUUACAACAGCUCAGGGGAGACCACUUAGUAAACAGAAGAAAGGAAGAAAAAUAAAGACGAGACUCUGCUUUCAUUUAGUUUCAUAAAUGGAGCUGCGUAAAUACCUGUUGUGCCUGGAGUUCAUCCUUCUCCUUAAAGGGUUGUGCCAGUGUUUCAACAUUGAUGUAAAGCAUCCUCGCAUCUUCACCGGUCCAGAGGACGCUCUGUUUGGCUUCUCUGUUUUACAACAUGAUGAUGGCGGAGAGAAAUCGAUGCUGGUCGGUGCUCCGUGGGACGGGCCGCCCAAAAACAGGAAAGGUGAUGUUUACAAAUGCAUCGUGGGAGAGGAGAGGAACUCAAACUGCAGCAAAGUAAAUCUAGGUGAGAUUGCUCUCCAGAACGUUUCUAAAAACCUGAGGAAUUCUCACCUGGGAAUGACGCUCACUCCAGUCUCCCCUGAUGGAUUCCUGGCAUGUGCCCCUCUGUGGUCUCAGGAGUGUGGUACGUCUAUGUUUAGCACUGGCAUCUGUGCCUCUGUCAGCGAUGACCUAAAACCACGAGAGGCCAUCGCUCCCACAGCGCAAAGGUGCUCUACAUACAUGGACAUUGUGAUUGUGCUGGAUGGCUCUAACAGUAUCUACCCCUGGUACGAAGUCCAGAACUUUCUCAGCAACAUCCUCAGCAAGUUCCAUAUCAGUUUGGACCAGAUGCAGGUUGGUAUACUGCAGUAUGGUGAAGUAGCAAUCCACGAGUGGUCUCUGAAGGACUACCAGACCACAGAGGAUGUUGUGGAGGCCGCGAAGAACAUCAGCAGACAGGAGGGACGAGAGACGCGCACUGCAUUCGCUAUCCAAACUGCCUGCACAGAGGCGUUCAGUGCUGAGCGUGGAGCAAGGGAUGGGGCCACCAAGGUGAUGAUCGUAGUGACGGACGGUGAGUCACACGACGGGGAGGAGCUGGAAGGCGCUCUUGACGAGUGCAUCAGCAGAAACAUCACCAGAUACGCCAUCGCUGUUUUGGGUCAUUACAUCCGCAGGCAGCAGGACCCUGAGACGUUUAUUAAAGAGAUCAAGUCUAUCGCCAGCGACCCAGAGGAGAAAUACUUCUUCAAUGUGACCGAUGAAGCCGCGCUCAAUGACAUUGUUGACGCCCUGGGAGAUCGCAUCUUCACUCUGGAAGGCACUCUGGGCUACAACCAGAGCUCGUUCCACAUGGAGAUGUCUCAGAUCGGCUUCUCCACACACACUCUGGAUGAUGGCAUACUGUUUGGGAUGGUGGGCGCCUACGACUGGGAUGGUGGAGUGCUGAAGGAGGGAACCAACGGACGCAUCAUACCGCCCAGAGAGGCUUUUGAAAGCGAGUUUCCACUGGAGCUCAAAAAUCAUGCUGCUUAUUUAGGUUACACAGUAUCCUCUGUGAUAGUUGGUGACUGGAAAAGGCUGUAUGUGGCUGGUGCUCCUCGAUUCAAACACAAAGGCAAAGUAAUCUUGUUUGAACUCAGCGAUAAAGGCGAUGUAAACAUUGUACAGGCCCUGAAUGGAGAACAGAUUGGAUCUUACUAUGGCAGCGAGGUGUGUGGGCUGGAUAUCGACCAGGAUGGCAUCACUGAUGUCCUUCUGGUUGCGGCUCCAAUGUUCCUUGGCUCAGGAAACAAGGAAACUGGGAGAGUCUACAUCUACACCCUCAGUGGGGAGGAAGUAUUUGUGUUCAAUGGCACUCUGAAGUCAGAGGAAAAAUCCCAGGAUGCCAGGUUUGGUUACGCACUGGCAGCCGCUCCAGACCUCAACCACGAUGGCUUCACUGACCUGCUAGUGGGGGCUCCGCUGGAGGAUGAUCACAGAGGAGCCAUCUAUCUUUACCAUGGAGCCGGUAUUUACGUUGUGCACAAUUACAAGCAGCGUAUUUCAGGGUUAUCGAUUUCGCCCACCAUUCAGUAUUUUGGCCGCAGUGUGAGUGCUCGGUUGGACUUGGAUGGAGAUGAGCUAAUAGACUUGGCCGUGGGAGCACACGGCAGCGCUGUGAUGCUCAGCUCUCGAAGCAUAGUGCAGAUCAACGUGAGUCUGUCCUUUCAGCCACACUCCAUCAACGUCAUUCAGAAGACCUGCCAGAGGGGGAGCAGAGAGUCGGCCUGUCUCAACGCCACUGCCUGCUUCACAACCGUCUCCCACUCCCCAGGCCCACACAGGAACAGCUUUGAUCUGUGGGUGUCGGCCAUGUUGGAUGACAGGAAGUUGUCUGCGAGGGCCCUGUUUGACGACAGCUCCAACCGUCAGACCCAGCUGGCGGUUCGAGUUCACACAGGACAAACGCUCUGCUACAGACUGCCUUUCCAUGUCUAUGACACGGCAGAUUACAUCCGUCCAAUAAGCUUCUCACUGCGGUUCAAGAUCAACGAUACAGAGAGUGGUCCAGUGCUGGAUGAAGGCUGGCCAACAACCGUCAAGAAAUCUAUCCAGUUCUUUAAAGACUGUGGUGAAGAUGAUGUGUGUACAACAGACCUAGUGCUACAGGCUCAUAUGGACAUCUCCGGGACAAGACAGAAGCCUUAUGUGAUUCGCAGCCCUCGUAGGCGUCUGGCGGUGGAGGUGCAGCUUCAGAACAGACUGGAAAACGCCUACAACACUAGCCUGAUGCUGAACUAUUCACGCAACCUGCACUUCUCUAGCCUCAGCAUCAGGGAGGAUGCCAACUUUAAGAUUGAGUGUACAGCACUCGGAGCCAACAGCCACUCGUGUAACGUCAGCUAUCCAGUAUUUCGCUCACAGUCAAAAGUCAACUUCAUGUUGGAGUUUGAGUUCAGCUGCACGUCUCUGCACAACCGAGUGCAGAUGAAGCUUCAUGCCAAAAGUGACAGUGUGGAGAGAGAGGACACUUUGGGGGACAACAGUGUUCAGCUGCAGAGUUUCGUUCAGUACGAACCAGAGUUGUUUGUUAUCAGUGAAUCUAAUUUGAACCGAUAUGAGGUCCACCCGACUCGGACAGCGUCAGAGGCAAUUGGACCAGAGUUCUAUACACAACUUAAGCUGCAGAACCUCGGAUGUUACUCUGUGAGUAAUGUGGAGCUGAGGCUGCUUCUGCCGUCCGUAGCUGCAGGAGACACAGUCUUCAUGACCAUCACCGAUGUUUCAUACAACGCCUCAUGGGUGAACUGCAGCGUGCUGAGUGAUCUGCCCCAGCUGAAGGCCAGACAGAGAGACGUACGCGCCCUUCACCCAGAAGACAUGAUGCCAAAUGACAUACUGAACUGCAGCAGGUCAUGGUGCACUGAGAUUGUGUGUGAAGUAAAGCAGCUCCUACGAGGGCAGUUCGCUCUCAUUCGUGUGACCCGCAGAGUUCAUGAUGACUUCUUCAGAAAAGCAAAAUACAAGUCAGUGAAGAUAAUAGGUGCCUAUAGCCUCGUAGCUCAGGAGACUAACCUCAUUACUCUGGGCACAGGAACAGUCUGGAGGGAGACUGUGUUAGAGGUGCUUAAGGGCCGAGCUAUUCCUAUCUCGCUGUGGAUUCUGAUCGGUAGCAUCAUUGGAGGUUUGCUGCUACUGGCCCUCAUCAUUUUCAUACUAUGGAAGCUGGGAUUCUUCACACGCAAACAGAGAGGAGAAGAUGAGGACCAUGAAGACUGAGCUCAAAUAUUGCUGCAAUGACAACGAUCGUUUGCCAUGACAACCACCACAUGCGCUGCCUCCCAGCAGCCACAGAGACAGUUUGGAUUCGAUCCAUAGACCCAACAGGGACCUCCAGGACCAAAGAGAGCAUCACAACGGCCCAACAGAAAUGCACUACCCAUUAUUUCCAGGGUCGGGAGCACUUAUGUAAAUAAUAUUUUUCUAGAGUGUAUUAAACCACAAUUCUUCUAUUUAAUAUACAUACAUCAUCAAGGUUUUACAUUUCAAACAAUCGCCCUGUUUUAUGUUUGUCGUACAGUUUUGUGUUUGUUCUUUGAUGAAAUUAAAACUGUUGAAAAUAA